AUGCAGUCGUUCCUGGGUAGUCUCAAUAAUUACAGCCGAUGUAUUGAAGACUACGCUAUUUACGCCUCGGUGCUAUAUGAACUACGCGAGGUGGAGUUUGCAGAACUGGUGAAACGAUCGGAUCUGAGGAAGAUCAUGGGCCAGAACGACCCGAUCGCACGGGAUAAUGCCACACCAGAGCAUCAGUUGGCGAGAUCAUUAGAUGAGAGGACGCAUAAGGCCUUCAUCACCCUGAAAACCAAGAUCGCGACUACCCCAAUUAUCCGCCACUUCGACGAGACAAGAACGCCGGUAGUUAUCGUAUAUGCCAGUGAUUGGGCGAUAUCCGCCUCGUUGACGCAAGAACACGACGAGAUCUACCAUCCGGUGGCGUUCGCCAGUCGCACCUUGAAGACGAGCGAGUUGAAUUACAAUGUGACCGAAUUGGAGGUGUUGACAUUGCUGAGGAUCCUGGAUCUCUACUAUAAUUUACUAGUGGGACGCGAGAUCCGGGUCCUAACAAGGCAUUCCACAUUAGCCUGGCUGUUCAAGUCGACAGGAUUACAGGGUCGCCUAGGGCAAUGGUCAGCUCUUCUAACCCCCUGGACUCUCGAGAUCACGAAGUGUAUGAAAGGCGAGGACGAGAUACUGGGGGCGAUCGCUGCCAGCAUCACGCCGAGGGCGAAGAUGGGCGACGCUCUGACCGAUAUCGCUCCUCGAAAGGAAUCUAAACGCCGGACCCAGGCGCCGAUACCCACCCUAGACCGAGAAGAGGAAUUAUGGAUGGUCAGUUUUGAUGGAUCGGCUCGAGUAAAGCGUGGUGGGGGCGCGUUCAGCGCGAUCGUGUGGAGUCUGCCCGGAUGGGAGGUGGUCAAAGCUAGAUCGGGCUAUUUCGAGAGCCUCACCGUGAACAAAGCAGAAUAUAACGGCCUGAUCCUGGGGAAGAAAUUAAUGCAAUCAGAAAAAAGUCCUGAAUCCGACAGAAUGUCCUACACAUGCAGGACACUGUGGACGACUCAUUACCAAUUCGGGCUCGUUUCAGGAGAAAUUAACGCAAACAGCAUGUAG